AUGGCUCCUGAGCUUCCAGACCCCACCAGCGACCUGCACUGGUCCGCCUUCAGGGGCGCUAUCCAGGAUAUCUUUUCCGAGAAUGCCAAGAAGCACCCCGAUAGGCUAUGCAUCGUCGAGACAGCUUCUUCUACGUCCCCCAGAAGGGAGUUCACCUACCGCCAGAUCGAUGAGGCCUCUAACCUGCUCGCCAACCACCUUGUCGCCUCUGGUGUCCAAAGGGGAGAUGUUGUCAUGAGCUAUUCCCACCGUGGGGUUGAUCUCGUUGUUGCAGUCUUUGGUAUUCUCAAGGCUGGCGCUACCUUUAGCGUCAUUGACCCUUCGUACCCCCCUGACCGUCAAAACAUCUACCUCGAUGUUGCACGGCCACGGGCCCUCGUCGUUAUCGACAAGGCGACCAAGGAGGCCGGUGAGCUGACAGACAAGGUCCGCACCUUCAUCGCUGAGAACCUCGACCUCAAGACCGAGGUCCCCGCCCUCGAGAUCCGAGCCGACGGCACUCUCGUUGGUGGCCAGGUCAACGGCAAGGACAUCUUCGCCGGCCUCGACAAGGAGAACGGCCCCAAUGUCCUUGUUGGUCCGGACUCGAAUCCCACUCUGUCUUUCACUUCGGGUAGUGAGGGUAAGCCCAAGGGCGUUCUUGGCCGACACUACUCCCUGGCCUACUACUUCGACUGGAUGGCCGAACGCUUCAACCUCAGCGACAAGGACAAGUUCACCAUGCUCAGCGGCAUUGCACAUGACCCUAUCCAGCGAGACAUCUUCACCCCCCUCUUCCUGGGCGCCCAGCUUUUGGUUCCGUCCAAGGAGGACAUCCAGCACGAGAAGCUUGCUGAAUGGAUGAGAGAACACGGUGCUACCGUUACCCAUCUGACCCCGGCCAUGGGUAACGUCCUCGUGAGCAACGCCAGCGCCGAGUUCCCCGCCUUGCACCAUGCAUUCUUCGUUGGUGAUAUCCUCAUCAAGAGAGACUGCAAAGCCCUUCAGAAGUUGGCGAGAAACUGUCACAUCGUCAACAUGUACGGCACGACCGAAACGCAAAGAGCAGUGAGCUACUACGAGGUCCCCAGCGUCGCCGCCGACCCUACCUUCCUGGAGAGAUUCCCUGACAACGUCAUUCCCGCCGGCACAGGAAUGAAGGACGUGCAGUUGAUCGUGGUGGACCGCGAAAACACCGACCGCGUGUGCGGCGUCGGUGAGGUCGGCGAGAUCUACGUACGAGCAGCUGGCUUGGCCGAGGGAUACCUGGCCAACGAGGAGUUGAACAAGACCAAGUUCAUCAACAACUGGUUCGUCAAGGACAACAGAUGGGCAGAGCUUGACCAGCAGGCUACCAAGAACGAGCCCUGGAGAGAGUUCUACAAGGGCCCGAGAGAUCGCAUGUAUCGCUCGGGUGACUUGGGCAAGUAUACCGAAGACGGCAAUGUUGUCUGUGUCGGCCGUGCCGAUGAUCAGGUUAAAGUGCGCGGAUUCCGCAUUGAGUUGGGUGAGGUGGACAAAUUCCUCUCGGAUCACUCCAUGAUUCUCGAUAACGUUACCCUGGUCCGCCGGAACAAGGAUGAGGAGAAGACCCUCGUCAGUUACAUCGUGCCCGACAUGCAAAGAUGGGCCGAGUGGCUGGCCCAGAACGACAAGAAAGAAGACACUUCCGGUGGUGACAGCUUGACUGGCCGCCUUCGCAGGUUUUGGCCCCUGGGCGAGGAGAUCCGAAAGUACCUCAAGACCAAGCUGCCCAUCUACGCCAUUCCCGAGAUCAUCAUCCCUCUCGAAAAGUUUCCCCUGAACCCCAACGGCAAGAAGGACAAGCCCGCUCUGCCGUUUCCCGACGCUGCUCAGAUCGCCGAGGCCCGCCCGCGCGCCGAGGUCGCUGAUCUGUCCGAGACGGAGCGCAAGGUCGCUGGAAUCUGGGGUUCUCUCCUCGCCAACAUCGAUGAACGAAGCCUUGGACACGACGACAGCUUCUUCGACAUUGGUGGCCACAGUAUUCUGGCGCAGCAGAUGCUCUUCCAGGUCAACCGGACGUGGCCUGGUGUCAACGUCACCAUGGCCGUUGUCUUCCGUAGCCCCUCGCUGAAGGCUUUCUCUGCUGAGAUCGACGGCAAGCUCUCUGGAAAUGCCCCCGAGGGAGUCAACGCCACGCCCGAGGGAGAGGACUAUUUCGAGGACGCCAAGAAGCUCCUGACCACUCUGCCCGAGAAGUUCGCGUCCUUCGACAAGAAGGCCGCUGACGUCAAGACCGUCUUCCUGACAGGUGCCACUGGCUUCUUGGGUGCCUACAUCCUGAGAGACCUCCUGAGCCGCAACGUGCCCAACGUCAAAGUCAUCGCCCACGUCCGCGCCAUCGACGACGUCGACGCCUACAACAGAGUCGUCAAGAGCUGUCAAGCUUAUGGCGUGUGGCAGCCCAGCUGGAAGAACAGCCUUGUUGCUGUCCAGGGCAGCCUCGGAAAGCCUCUCCUCGGCCUGUCGCAGGAACGGUGGGACUCUUUGGCUAAUGAGGUCGAUGUCGUCAUUCACAACGGUGCCCAGGUCCACUGGGUCUUGCCGUACUCCAACCUCAAGCCGGCCAACGUCCAGGGUACGUUGGAUGUCCUCUCGCUCUGCGCAGCCGGUAAGCCCAAGCAGCUGGCGUUUGUAUCAUCGACAUCUGUCCUCGACCACCCCCACUUCGUUAAGCUCUCCCAGGGAGGCAGCCUCGUCAGCGAGGAGGAUGACCUCUCGGGCAGCUCCAAGAACCUUGGCAAUGGCUACGGCUCCACCAAGUGGGUUGCCGAGUACCUUGUCCGCAACGCCGGUAAGAGAGGCCUGACCGGCACGAUUGUCAGACCCGGCUACAUCACCGGCGAGCAACACUCUGGCACCAGCAACACGGACGAUUUCUUGCUGAGAAUGCUUAAGGGCUGCAUCCAGCUCAACUCGAGGCCUAAGAUCGAGAACACCAUCAACAUGGUGCCUGUCGAUCACGUCGCCCGUCUCGUCGUUGCCUCGGCGCUGCACCCCCCUCGUCAGCCGCUCGGCGUCGCGCAGGUGACGAGCCAUCCCAGACUGACCUUCAGAACGUAUCUGAGCGCGUUGGAGAAGUACGGCUAUAACGUGCCCGAGGUGGAGUACAGCCAAUGGAGCAAGAGCCUGCAGGACUAUGUCGCUGAGGGCAAGGAGCACGCCCUGAUGGGUCUUUACCACCUCGCAACUACCGAUCUUCCCGCCGACUCUAUCGCCCCCGAGCUCGAUGAUGUCAACGCCGCGGCCGCCCUCCGCAGCGACGCCGAGCUGACCGGAGAGGACCUCUCCGCCGGGGGUGCUGUGAAGGACGAGACUGUCGGUCGCUAUCUGAGCUAUCUCAUUGCCAUUGGUUUCCUGGAGGCGCCGGAGAAGCCUGGACAGCUGGAGAUUCCCGCCGCUGAGAUCAGCCCCGAGCAGAAGGAGGCUCUACUGAGAGUCGGAGGCCGUGGUGCUUUGGUCUAA